AUGAUUAAUGUCCAGAGCAGUGAGGUAGCAGUUCUAACACAUGACAAGAAGUGGCUCGUCGGUGGCGCCGUUUUCAAUAUUACGACCUCGCAGGUGUGCAGCUACAGCACUCCUCCAAAGCCACGGCUAUCCACCGUGGCUACACUUUCAGCAGAAGAACCAGUUCAGCCAGGGCUGUUCAGCUCCGCUCGAUCAGCGAUAGCACCACGCGGAUAUCCGCUAACAUCACGGCAACGCGGCUACCAAGGCUCUGACGAAGGCGACAACGCCGAAACAAAGGCAAUUCAUCCAGUUUCUCCGCCGAUGUUUGAAGAGUUCCUCUAUUCGGUAGCAGGUUUGAUUGUGAAUGCACGAUCGAUGGCUCGAAACUGCCUCGGAGCCAACCGAGCCCUCUUGGUCGACAAACUGAUAGCUGUCACGAUCUUAGCACGCGAAUCAGACGUUCUGGCGUUUGUAAAUACAUUGGAAGCGUUUUAUAUCACGGCCAAAAGUCCAAUCAUGAAUCGUAAAGAAGAAUGCAUCGCUGUGACCAACGAGCUAGCGCCACAUCAGGACCUUUGCGGCGGCGCAGCUCUAACAACUGGUGGUCCGCUAACAUCACGAUUUCGUGGCUAUCAAGGCUGUGAAGAAGGCGACGACGCCGAAACGUUGGCCAGAAUAAAGAUCAAUAACAAUCUUGAUUCAAAGAAGGGAAUUUUUGAUUUCUCGUCUCCGACAAUGACGACGGACGGAGCACACCGGACGGAAUGCGUAACGAUUGCCGAGGUGGAGCAUGAGACCGACGAUAUGGAUAGUGCCAUCGAUUUGGUCAAGGAGAUUGAGGAUUUGGAUAAAUUGCAGCUAGCUCUUGAUCGUAUGCUAGAGUGCCCAAAUAGCCCAUCAACUUCCUUAGCGUCGUCAUCGGGACGUGAAACAGGAUCUAUCGGCAAAGAACGGGGUGUUAGCGCCGUUUCCAGUAGCGUUGAGCGUCUGAGUGGAUCGGCUUCAAGCUCACCGAGGAAGCGUGAAGUUCUAGGAUUAGCAGCUCGACGCCUGAUCCGAGUGCCAUGCGGCAGAACGGCAUCCGCCUGUGCAUCACAUGCGGGUGUACAGAAUGUUCCAAUCCCGUUCACCGUGUUCGGCGGAGCUGCUGCCGCGCGUCUGAUUUUGGUGGACAUAGUGAAAAGAGAGGAUUUGAUCGGCAUUCUGAACCCGCGUGACAUCGUACUAAAGAUUGAGGACACAUACGUAAGCGGAAUGCUUCGAUCUGAGGUGACACGGUUAUUGGAGAAAUUAUGCAAUGAUACUGAUCAAAUUGCCAUUGAAAUUCUUCCUGCAGGAGCCAUUACUGACGACAUUUGUGAAAUUUUGGCCGACAAACAAUGGGCAGAACUACAAACCACAAUACGGGAUAAUUUGUACAGUAAAACAGUACCAUACACGACGCGGCCACCUCGAGACGGCGAAAUUGACGGCGAACACUAUCGGUUCGUCUCGGUGGACGAGUUCACUCGGCUACAAGCAGAAGGAUUGUUGUUGGAACACGGCACAUAUCAAGGACAUCUAUACGGAACACCUCGACCGGAGGAAGGUUAUGAGGGAACAGCGAUGGUGAGCAGCAGCAACAAAGGACCGCUGCCACCGAACUGGGAAAUUGGUUACGCUGAAAACGGCGACAAAUAUUUUAUUGACCACAAUUCGGGCACAACGACAUGGGAUGACCCAAGGGACCUGCCACCCGGGUGGGAGCAAGUCGAUGAUCCAGAGUAUGGGACUUUCUUUGUCGAUCACGUCAACAAAAAAACGCAAUACGAACGGCCGAGCACCUCAAAGACCGCGAUGUCACGCUACGACACCGUGCCAACGUCCGCCACGAGUGGUCAUGUGGUGAAUGGGCUCACAACAAAUGGUCAUCGAAAUUCACCGCCACACCAAACAAUAAAGGGUAGACAGUCGGUGAUCUUGGGAACUGGCGGCGGCAAUCCGUAUUUCACGCGAGAUCCAGCUCAGUUGCGAGGGGAAAUGGUCAGCACAACCAUCGUGAAGGGUGCCAAGGGGCUUGGUUUCACUCUGAUUGGAAAUGACGCUUCCAGUAAAGGGGACGAGUUCAUACAGGUGAAAUCCGUAUUGCCUGGUGGUCCUGCCGCGGAGGAUGGUGUUUUACGAGCUGGUGACGUAUUGGUACGUGUGAAUGGUGAACUUCUACUCGGUGCCUCACAAACGGAUGCGUGUCGAAUUUUUGUGAAUAUUCCCGCCGGAGAUCCGGUUGCAAUACAAGUGUGCCGCGGUUAUCCGCUAUUGCUUGAUCCAUCGAACCGGAUAAUUACCGAAAAUGUCUACCAAACAGGCGGCAAAAGUCGAGAUCUACACGACAUCGAUAUCAUCAAAGGACCGGAAGGCUUUGGCUUCACUAUUGCGGACAGUGCUUCGGGUCAACGUGUGAAAAAGAUCCUGUAUCCGGAGCAAUGCGCCAAUCUGCUUGAAGGUGACACGAUUGUAGAACUGGAUGGUCGAAAUGUUCGAGCGAUUUCUCAUACUCAGCUGGUUGACAUGCUCAGAGAAUGUCCGAUAGGACAUCGAGGUCGUCUGGUAGUCAGAAGAAGUUCACCUAAGCACAGAUCCCGAACACCAGCGGCGGAAUUCCGAUACGGCGAACAAACACGUGCCACUCCAUUACCUAUCGUAUCACCUCGUUCAAAAACGCCUGCACCCAUUUCUGGUGGACGACAUGAAGCUGAACCAUCAUCAGCAACGUUAAACGCCAGGGCACAAACGCUACAAAGACAAUCAAACGUUACCCAACCAACUGACGUAUGGGACGGAACAGGAGCCGGGUCUAGAAUGAAGUCAUCAUCAACAACACUGGGUUUUGCAACCCCUAACUACAUGCCAUUGAGUGCUUUUCAGUUUAAUAAGCCAACCGAUCUAAUCAUUGUGAAUUUGAUCCGAAAACCUAGCGGUUUUGGAUUUCGACUACUCGGUGGAAGUGAGACAAACACUCUGCUGACUGUUGGUCAAGUGGUUCCCGGUGGUGCAGCAGCAGAAGACGGCCGAAUGCAAGAAGGUGACGAGAUCGUCGAGAUUGACGGUCGUAACGUGGAAGGUGUCAGCCAUGCCGAGGCCGUCUCCCUUCUUGAACAUGCUGCCCAUAACAAGCACGUGAAGCUAGUGGUCCGCAGGCCAAGGAUGGCUGGAGAUUCCCUACGACGUCAAUCGCUUCAUGUGGAAAGACCAUUGAUUGGUACUAUGAGCGGAUCUGGUGAAUACGACGUGACUUUGUCUCGGAAUGAUACGGAUGGAUUUGGUUUCAUUAUCAUAUCAUCGCUGAAUAGAACUGGAUCUACCAUUGGUCAAAUUCUCGAAAAUUCACCAGCGGAAAAAUGUGGACGUUUAAAAGUUGGUGAUCGUGUGGUGGCGGUGAAUGGUAUCGAUAUUCUGAAUUUAUCGCACGGAGAGAUUGUUGGCUUGAUCAAGGCUUCCGGCUUGACGGUCCGGCUAACAAUCGCUCCUCCGCAUCCCGAUGGUAGUCCAUUAGCUUCAAGUACUCUGAAUCGCACCACGAUUCCCAGUAUGUCCUAUGCUCCAUCACCACCAACAUCAUUCAUUCCUCCUCCUCCGAUGUUCCAAAAUGGAGGCCUUUAUGCGACUGUCGGCAGGAAUACGAAUUACGCCACCUAUCAACAACCGUCGAUGACUCCGUCACCCUUCUCUUACACUAACGGCUCUGUGAUUAGGAGCACCUCAAACUACUCGGCUUAUCCUGACAUUGGACGUCCCAUCUACACCACUUCACAUAUCAACGGACAGCUGAACGGGAUGACCUUACAAAAUACGGUGCCUCCAGAACAGGAUGGCCCUAUAAUCUCAGUCGAACUGGAGCGUGGCGUACGCGGGUUCGGCUUCUCUAUACGUGGUGGGCAAGAGUUCGGUGCUAUGCCUUUGUUUGUACUGCGUAUCGCUGAAGACGGUCCUGCAGCGGUUGACGGACGGUUAAAGGUGGGAGAUCAGUUAAUUUCUAUUAACGGUCGUGAUACUAAAGGUCUCACACAUGAAGAAGCCAUCCAACUUAUCAAACAGCAUCCAACCGUUCGUCUAACUAUACGACGCCAUAAGCUUCCCUGA